AUAAAGAUAAUGUUUCUAUGAGUUCUUACAAAGUUCAUUCAAAAACUAAUCUUCCAAUUCUUUAUUUAAAAGACAAUAAAGGAGCACUUUGGAAAAAGUAUAAAGUAACUUAUUCAGAUGGAAUUAAAUGA